GACUAUUGACGGCGGACUGCUCCAUGACUGCACAUCAACAUUUGUCCUUAAUGUGACAUGAAACGCCUCUGAACCGGCCCGUUUCCGUGGAAGUUGAAUUAAAGAGCUAAUCUGCUCGUCAUGUCUCUUGCUGCAGAGGCCUUCGUGUCGCAGAUGGCGGCUGCUGAACCCUGGCCUGAAAAUGCCACCUUGUACCAGCCACUGAAGGAGGAUCAGAUUUUGCUGUCAGACUCCGCCUCCUCUCUGGCAGUUCAGACUUACCUCCGGAUGUGUGGGCUUCCAGUGCAGGUGGUCUGCAGGCCAAACGCUGAAUACAUGUCCCCUUCUGGUAAAAUACCUUUUAUUCAUGUGGGGAACCAGGUUGUGUCAGAACUUGGGCCGAUUGUGCAGUUUAGCAAAGCUAAGGGUCACUCGCUGAGCGACGGCUUGGACGAUGUGCAGAGAGCCGAGAUGAAAGCGUACAUGGAGCUGGUCAACAACAUGCUGCUCACUGCUGAGCUGUUCAUCCAGUGGUGCGAUGAAACCACGGUCUCUCAGAUCACUCGUCACAGAUACGGCACGCCGUACUCCUGGCCUCUCAAUUUGAUCCUGGCUUAUCAGAAGCAGUGGGAGGUGCGCAGGAAGAUGAACGCCGUCGGCUGGGGAGGGAAAACGGUCGACCAGGUUUAUGAGGAUGUGAGUCAGUGCUGUCAGGCGCUGUCUCAGAGGCUGGGGACGCAACCGUACUUCUUUAAAAUACCAACGGAACUGGACGCGCUCGUGUUUGGUCACCUCUUCACCAUACUGACCACCCAGCUGACCAACACAGAGCUGCUGGAGAGGGUCAGGAGCUACAGCAACCUGCUGUCCUUCUGCAGGCGGAUCGAGCAGACCUACUUUGAGAGCAAGGACUCCUGAAGAACGGAACAGACCCUUUCUGUCGGUUUCAUAGCCCAUUUUCUUCACUUCUGUCUCUCAUUCCCUGUUUUCGUUGCACAAAUAAGCUAAAAAGACAAAAAUUCACACAUCUGAGGAUUGUCCUCCUUGUUUCAAAUUGAUUCAUGCGACUUCUGGGAAACCAGGGCAGCCAGAUCCUUUAGGAUCAGUCAGCAGAACUUCAUUACAUGUGGCAAAAUUAGAACUUUAAUUCUAAAUUCAGUCUUUAAAAACUUUAGUGUUCAUCUAGAUUAGAAGUGGGCCGGUGACAGGAACUCCCAUAACGUUACCCUUCAUCUUCAUAUUCACUCUGAUCUUCUGAAUUGACGCUGCUCUGGAAGACGGCCUCCUCCUAAUUCAAGCCACUGAGCCUUUCCAGUUCACAUUGACGGUGGGAGGUGUCCUCAACAUGACCGCCUCUCUGGAGGCACAACUCCACUUGACCCAGGUUGGAGGUCAAAAAGCAGGCGGUGCUCUUCCUCCAUGAGAGUUAAAGGAAUGCAGAAAGCGCAGAGGGAUCGGUUCUUGUGUACAGACUAAAGCAGAAGAUGCAGAUUUUGUUUUUGUGUGUAUGUGAAUGUGAAGUGCCUCCAUGACAUUUUUCCCCAAUAAAGUGUUGUCUAAACA